UCUGUUUCCGGGUCCAAGCCUCUGGAGCGCUAGCUGAAUGUCCGUGUGUUUUCAGUAUGCCGCAGUGCUGUGUUCCAUGUUGUUUGAACCGAUCAGAGUCAAAACAAUUGAAGAAGUUGUCAUUCUACCGAUUUCCGUGCGAUGAGAAACAGAAGAGGAAAUGGCUGCAGUCGAUAAGGCGCAAAAACUUCUACCCAAACUGUAACUCAAGGGUCUGCAGUUGGCAUUUCCCCAAUGGCAAAGCCGCUGGGCCUUCAAGAUUUGCUUGGAAUGAGGCAAAAGUUUUCCAGUUCCCCGACCCGCAGAGCCAUACCUCUAAAAAGAGGGAACAGUCACCACCAGUGGAUUCAAUUGCUGAUCGACAGCGCACCAAAGAGAUGGCAACACAGACCCCUAGUACUGUAGUACUUCAAGUAGAGAAUGACAUCUUGAAGAAAGAGAAUGAGAUGUUGAGAAAACAAUUGGAGACACAAAAACAAACAUUUUCUUUCAAUCAGAUUUCAUCCAAUUCGGCCAGAGUGCAGUAUUUUACUGGAUUGCCUGAUUCCGCCACUGUUUUCUUUUUGGAAGCAUUACUUAAUAAAUUUGAACUGCAGCACCACUCUGAUUGGACUGUCAAAUGUAUGCCACUAAUUGAUCAGCUGCUGAUGACCCUGAUGAAACUGAGGCUUAAUUGUGGCCACACAGACCUGGCAACAAGGUUUAAUUGUAGCACAGCCACAGUAACGAACAUAUGUACCACCAUUGUUAGCACACUGUAUGAGAUUUUAUAUGUUGGCUUUCUUGAAGGCAACAUCCCCUCCAAAGAAGAAAAUCAAACAUCACUGCCUGACUGUUUCCGGCCCUUUCCCAACUGUAGAUUAGUGCUUGACUGCACUGAGGUUGCAGUUUGUAACACUGAGAGACUAGAUGAACAGUGUCAGCUGUACAGUCAAUAUAAGAGAAGGACCACACUAAAGGCUCUUAUUGGUGUAUCACCCAAUGGAGUAAUUACAUUUUCCAGUGACCUGUAUGGAGGCAGUGCUUCAGACAAAGAAAUAACAGCUGACUGUGGACUUCUCCAAUACCUUAAACCAGGUGACAUGGUAAUGGCAGACAAGGACUUCACAAUUCGUGAAAUUUUGCCAAAGGGAGUGUCACUGAAUACCCCAUCUAUCCUGGUCAAUGGACAGUUUACUCAAGAGGAAGCAAACAAUAACAUGCUUAUAUCCAGUGCUCGGAUACAUGUGGUGCGUUCCAUCCAGAGACUGAAAUUGUUUUCUAUUUUGGACCAUGUACCAUACCAAUUCAGAAAGAACAUCAAUAAGAUACUCAAAGUAUGUGUGUGUCUUACAAAUAUGCAAACGCCAAUUCUCAAUGACAUUCAAUGAACCAAUCAUGUAAAGAAUAAAUUAAGACGAGUCUUCGCUGAGGCCAGCUUCCAGCCUCCACUGCUGAGACUGCAGCUCUGCACAAGACUUUUGGCCAGUGGAGAAAUUAAAAUGGUCGUGCCGAACUGAGUCUGGUUCUCUCAAGUUUUUUUUUUUUCUUCACUCUCCUAUCGGUGAAGUUUUUUUUCCCUUUCCGCUGUCGCCACUGGCUUGCAUGGUUCAGGAUCUGAAAAGCUACACAUCGAUGAAUUUGCUCUUCAGUGUUUGGACUCUCAGUAAUGACUUCAAACCACACUGAACUGAGCUAAACUGAACUGAACUGAACUGAACUUAAACACUAAAAACUGAACUACACUGUUCCAAUAACUAUGAUCAUUUAUGUGGAGCUGCUUUGACACAAUCUACAUUGUAAAAGCGCUAUACAAAUAAAGCUGAAUUGAAUUGAAUAAAUGGAUGCACUACACAGAUGCACUAUGUGAGUUGUAAAUUAAUUUAAUUAGUUCACAGUAGAAUGUAACAUCUCAAACAA